AUGCUUCUGGGGGUUUCGGGCGCGGGACGCUCCAGGUAAUUGGCGAUUAGCGAUUAAAACGAACGAACGUCUUUUUCUCUCUUUCUAUGCUGUUCGGACGGCAUCCUCUCCUUGUUCACUCUUGUCACUGCUCUUUUCUUCACUGUCUCCGGCCGUGUGGACAGAGUAACGUUCGUAUAAAGCGCCUUUUAUCGGCUCACCUUAGAACGAGAGGGGGGAAAAAAGACGAUAAAAAGAGAGCCUCUGUGUAGAUUGGCCGAUUUUAUCUUCUACCUGGCAACGAUGACACUCGGCCGGGUCGUUUUUGAAACUUCUUUUCUCUGGUCGCGAGACCAGCGAGACAGGCGAAACAGGGAGAAUGGCGUCCUUAAUCGUGUGACUCGAGGCAACGAUGAUCACUUUCCGGACGGGAUUCAGAGUCAUUUCUUGCUCGUUCGCCUGGGAAUCUGAACGGUCCGCAAUCCGCGCGAACGAUUACUGGCAUCCGGAUGACCGGAAAUAAAUACCGAACCGAGCGGACACUAAUUUGAUCGUAUUUAGUCUGCGAAGAAGGCUUGUUAAGCCGAAAAUUGGCCGCCCGAUGUCCUCUGCUUUUAAUUGCGCUUUAUGACCGUGGUUAUUAAUUUUCGUAUUGGUUUUUAGAACGGUAUUAAAAUUCUUACGAUAUUGCUUCUCGUAUCGGCUUGUUUCCCGAAAAAGAAAAAAGUGAUAUUUAUUUUUGCAUCAGCGUAACAGCUAAAAAGGUGUUGGAAAAGGGUACUUCUCGGGUAAUAUUCUCUCUGUAGUUUAUAAGAACACUUGGACGGUGCAUAAACUGGAGAGUUAAUUGGCUCGAAGUAAAAACACGUCUUACACUUCGAUAAGUUACUGAGAUCUUGUUAAGAGUUACACAAGAUACUUAUUUUCUCACGGACGAGCUUAAAAAGAUCUUGGCGCUUAUACCAUAUAUCACGCCGUUAUCAAAUUUAUAAGAAUAUCGUGAAUAAAUCGUAAAACAGAAACGUAAUUCCAUGUAUUCAGCAACUUCGAAGAUAAUAAGUAAUCGUUUCUGUAACCAUACGAUUCGAAUUUCCUGGUACAUUUUACCUUAGUCCUGGACUUCGAUAAAGAAAUUACACGCGAUCGUUGUCCUUGUUACAGUAUUAACUGCCGUUAAAUCGUGGUGGAAACCAGGGGACGCUCACGCCUGCUAUUUAUCCAAGGUCUCUCGCGGGAACGCUUUUGUUCGCGGCUUGGUAUCGACGAUCGGAAUUAUAUGGCGAAAACGGCGAGGCCGAGUGAAAUUAAAUGCCGCGCAGCCACUUAAGGACCGACCAUUGUGAUUUGCGAUUUUUACCACGGUAGCGGUCUCUCGAAGCCGGCCAGGUUAAUUUGCCUGCUCGUCGAUAACCGUUAUUUCGGCAUUGCUCGAAAGUGGUUACCCUUGUCCCGAUAUCGGGAUAUUAGGAUUAGUCAUCGUACUAAUCCGUGAUGAGACUGUAUACACGCAAACGAUUGACUUUUAUAAAUAUAUGGGUAACGUUGAUUAUCAUCCUCGAGGACAUCGUUCGUCAAUCUCGAACACUAUAGACAUGAUUUAUACAUUUAAUAGAACUUAGAACUAGCAAAUCAGACUAUUAACAUAUCUAUUUCAACUAAUUUCAACAGGACGUUUCAAAAAAAAAAAAAAGAAAAGAAUAGUACACAGCUUUAGCCAGUUGUUCAUACAAAGUAUAAUAUUUUUUUACAUUGGUUUCAAUUUUUCUUCCCGUUUAUAUUUCAGUUAAGCAAUUGUAAAUGUCUAGCAUUUUAUCAGAUUUUCUUGCAGAAUCCUUAUCACGUUCAUAAUACAGCUAUCAGCAGAUUAAGUAUCUUUACGUCGUCCGAUAUCCAACGACGCAUUCAUUUAUUCAGCGUCGAGAGGGAUGUGUCGCGACGAAAUAACUCGGCGGAGCCUUGACAGCGCGCGAAACAAUCCCACGACAUUAUUUCCUUUGCAGAGCUCCUCGUUUCCAGUUGUUCUCGAGCGGUUGCACGCUGAUGCGCGCGCGCGCGCGCGCGCGCCCACCGCUUCUAUGUACUUGUUACAGUGCUGGCCGCUGUUCUGACUGGUGGGUUCAUCGGCAAUUUGAAUAAUUCUCUCUCGAAAGGAACGGUUUCUCAUCUCGAAUUCGCCUAACGUCCGAUGUUUUUGUUGCACUGGCCAGCUCGCUCGCUAUUUACCUCGGAAUGCGAGUGUUUCUGCUCCACGCCACUUCGUAAAUGUUCCAUUCCCACGGGGAAAAGUCCGCGAAGUGGAUGCUUCUACGUGACAUCUGAUUUUCAUUUACCAUGUAAGCUUUCCUCAAUUCACAGUCUAUCAUCUAACGAACAUUUCAUUUACUUCCUCCGUAUGUCAUUUGUUGAAAUUGAUCUAGCGGAAUUCUAUCCAACAGAGCGACGUAUUAUAUGGAAUAUCGCAGAAUAUCGCAGCCAAAAGGACAGAAGCAAACUGUCGGCUCUCCGAAUCUCUCUGGCGAUCGAAAUAUCGCGUGCAAGAGAGUUUCGAGUCCCUUUGGUUAAAUCGAACCAGAGCGCUGAUCCUCAGGUUCGCGGGACCUGGGAGACCCUCGUCUCCGAUUUUCGAUGAUCUAGAUCUGGGUAGCACCAGGAAGCCAGGACCGAAGGCAAAAUUACCGGUGCCAGUGGAAGGAGGCCUCGUUCGCUCGCCUCGAGAGCUUCCUCGCUUUGAGAAACCUCGUGAUCGUCGAGCAGCUCAAGAUCUCAAGGAUCUCGUAAUGAAAUUAGCUACUCGAGCACUUUUUCCAGAAACCAAGGACUUCCAUUACGCGGAACCUCCUCCAACUCCGAUAGCAUCUCGUUUAUGCGCCUGUUUUAUGUGUUAUACAGCCCGUGGUCCUCUGCAACGUGUACUUGACUACAAUACGUUCACCUGGCCCACUGUCUAUAAACACGAUACGGUGGUCGGUAUGAGAACAUUUUUGCUUGUUGUUAAUGCUUAA